UUGAUUGUAUACACCUGUGUCCAUGGAGGGGAUUGGAACACCUGAAUCACAUGAUAUGGAGGGGAUUGGAGCACCUGAAUCACAUGAUAUGGAGGGGAUUGGAACACCUGAAUCACAUGAUAUGGAGGGGAUUGGAGCACCUGAAUCACAUGAUUGGGAGGGGAUUGGAACACCUGAAUCACAUGAUGUGGAGGGGAUUGGAACACCUGAAUCACAUGAUGUGGAGGGGAUUGGAACACCUGAAUCACAUGAUGUGGAGGGGAUUGGAACACCUGAAUCACAUGAUGUGGAGGGGAUUGGAACACCUGAAUCACAUGAUGUGGAGGGGAUUGGAGCACCUGAAUCACAUGAUGUGGAGGGCGGGGCCAAUACUUUUUAAUGUAGUGUGUAUAU